AUGAGUUCAGGUCGUUUACCAUCAUUGAGAGAUUCUGCUGGAGGGAAGAGUGGUUUAAAGUUCAAGCCAAAAGCUGUUGCCAGAAGAUCGAAAGAAGAAAGAGACGCAUCGGCAUUAAAGAUUCAGAAGGAUGAGGAUUUGAAAUCUAAGGUGGACCAAAAGAAAUCUAAGAAACCAAUGCCGAUGGGUCAAAAGAAUAGAGUCCCUAGGUAUCUGAACAAUACACAUGUGAUCUCAACUGGCCCAUUGGCAGCUGGUAAUUUCACUGACGGUGGUAGAACUGAUACGAGACGUGGGAUAGUUAAAGUAGAAGGUGGUGAUAAAUCGUUGGUGAGAAAGGGGUUGCAAAGCAUAGAGAACCAUACUGGUGAUUCAGAUGAUGAUUAUGAUUCAGAUACAAAAGAAAAAUUAAAUAUUAUUGAAAAUGGUGAAUCUGAAGAUAAUGUCAACCAAGCUAAAUUUAAUAUGGGUAGAGAAUAUACUACUGCCAAUUUUAAACAAGAUGAUAGUGAUAUUGAAGAAGAAGAACUGGAUAUGGAAGACGAUGCAGUUCAAAGAAGAAGAAUAGAAGAAUUAUUCCCCGUGAGACCGCUUCGUAUCAGACAUGAAGAUGUUGAUGUAGUAGAACAAAAGAUUGAUGAAUCUAUAACUGAAAGUACCACACGUGAACCUACACCUGCUGUAGGUAUUUUGAAGUCAGAAGAAUCUGCGUCUCUACAUGAUGUUUUGAAAAAUAAAGAAGUAGAAUUGCAAAAUGAAUUAGAGAACCUACAAAUUGAUCCAGAUUCACAUGCCAUUGAUGAAGAAGAAAUUAAACAUGAACAAGCUAUGUUAAUAAAGGAUCAUAUCAGUAUAUUAAAGAAACUGGAUAAGCUAAGUAAAAAGAAUGAUAGAUUUUUGCUAUUUCAAAUGCCUUAUAAAUUACCAACGUUCAACGAAGUUACAACAAAGAAAGAAGAUGCAGAUGUUACUAUGGAUGUUGAUCCUGCAAAUAAUGAGAGUGUAUCUGAAAAGAUAACAGAAGAAAACGUAGAAGCAAAUAAAAAACCAAAGAAGAAGACUAAAAAGACAACUAAAAAGAAAGAUCAUGUUCCACAGGAAGAAUUGACAGGUAAUGUUGGUGCGAUCAGAAUUCAUAAAUCUGGUAAAAUAUCCAUUAGAAUUGGUAAUGCCAUUAUGGAAACCAGUAAGGCUUCGGAAGCUACUUUCUUACAAGAUGUCAUUGCAUUAAAUGAAGAUCCAGAUGCACCGGGUGUUGAAUUGCUCGGAAGGGUAGAAGGGAAGGUCAUGGUAACCCCUUCGUUUGACGUAUGA